GGUUAACGACAAAACUAUUACCCACAAACCCUGUUAUUCUUUGCAGCUGUGGACAAGUCCAGAGUCCAUCCAUGAAGGUAAAGUUGAAGCAGAUAAUGGUGUUAAUUCGUUAACUAUGUCUUUGCAUCACUUUAGCCGUGCUGUUUGUCACAUUUACAGCGUAAUAAACACGUUUAGACCGAAUGGCAGGACUUGUGUGGUGCAGUCAUUCAAAAUAACAUGCAGUAGCUCAGCACUUCCUGUAUGUGUGUGGAAGUAGCCUGUUAAAGGUUCUCCUUUUAUUCCUUUACUUUGCUUUGUUGUAAGCUAAAGCUGGAAUAUAUGGUAGAGAAAUCUUUCUCUGGCUAGUUAACUGGCAUGUUGUUUAAGUGUUUGUUAGUUGCAACCACAUAGGAACACAUUAAUAUCCCUUUUUUUCUCUCUCUUAAUUUCCAGAUAACACCAAAACCUGCUGAACCAGUUUCAAUGGCAUCCUAUCCACCGAACACCUAUCACCACCGGUGCAACAGGGAGACAUCAAAACUGACCGACUGACUGAAGAAUGGCAAGGUUCAGACGCAAAUUCUGCAUCACAUUGAUAGCUUUGGUGUUGCUCGUGCUGGUAAUAACUGUGGUCUUAAAAGCGCUGACGCCUGAGGACUCUCCGUUCAGCAGCCUUGUUGGUGGUGAGCUGUUCCCAGAAAGAAAGAAUGAGCUCCAGAGAGAAAGCGGUAAACCCUUCCAGACCAAAAUGAAUGACCCCCCUGAGUCAGACAAAGAUGCACGCCUGGAGGCUACACUGAAAAGGCUUCCUCCUCCAAACUACUAUCUCCAUGCCUUCUACUAUGUGUGGUAUGGGAACCCCAAGUUUGAUGGCAAAUACAUCCACUGGGAUCAUCCCCAGCUACCACACUGGGACACAAAAGUGGCUCAGAGGUAUCCUCAGGGGAGGCACAGUCCACCUGACGACAUUGGGGCCAAUUUUUACCCCUCUUUAGGGGCCUACAGCUCCCGGGAUCCUUCUGUUAUGGAGGCUCACAUGCAGCAGCUGCGUACAGCGGCCAUUGGUAAGACAAAACUACAUCUGAACUUGAGCUUUGAGAUGGAAGAGUGAUCACCACACUAUCGCCAACGUUUUUUAACCAAACCAUUUCAUACUGAGAUACUGCAACUGUAAAACUGAAACAAUAGUGAUAAUAUGGUUGCAAUCAAUUGAUGCUUACUGAUAAGACUAAUUGACUGUUUGAUUAUAGUUUUUCUUCUUAUAGUGACUUUCAUCUAAUUUUAUCAGGCUGCUAACAAGAGGUAGCUUUUCUUGGCUUUAAUUUAACUUCACAGUAAAAAAAUGUGGUCCCUCUUUGCGAAAUGUCACUGGAACAUGUUUUCAAAUCAACAAACUAUUGUGAUAAAUUUUAUGUUAAAUACAAAAUGCCUGUUUUUGACCCUCUUUACUGUUAAACCUCAGGUGUCGUUGCUGUUUCCUGGUACCCGCCAAACAUGAAGGAUGAUAAUGGUGAACCACUUGAUGACUUAGUGCCUUUACUGAUGGAAGUGGCACAUAAAUACCACAUCAAGGUUUGUAUGAGGAUAGGGCUGGGCGAUAAAACAAAAAUGAUAUAUAUCACAAAUUAAUUUCCCUCCCAUAUUGAUAUGAAACAUGGUCAAUAUGCUUUUCGAUAGCUGGCAUUCUGCCAUGUUUUGGGUCGACUAUUUGAAUAGCCAAUAAAAAAGAGGAGUUGCUACGAGUCUGCGCUGCGCUGAACCGACCAUUCAGUCCACUUUCUGUAGCGCAACGCCUUACGACAAAACAUGCUACCAAUAAGCACUGUUAAAUUUAAUUUAAGAGUUACAGGGAACAUUUGAGAUUGACAAGUAAUUAUUUUAUAUCGUGAUAUAUUUUGAUAUUGACUGAUAUGAAAAAAAUAUAUCCUGGUAAACUUUUUCCCAUAUCGCUCGGCCCUAUAUGAGGAUAUAGUGAGUUUAACAACCUUUUCAUUUGGUGGGGAAAAAAAAUGGCAGUUUCUUUUAAUUGAUUGUGUCACUGUUCUGUUCAAAGGUCAUUUUCCACAUUGAACCAUACAGUGGAAGAGAUGAAGUCAACAUGUUCACUAAUGUCAAAUACAUCAUUGAUAAGUGAGUGUUGCUUUUUAUUUUAUUUUUUUAGCAUUUUUAGUAAAUUGAAUCAUCCUCUACUCUUUCAUUCGUAUCUGUAUUUAUCUGCCAUUUUUACCUUUAAACACAUCUUUAUGAUCUUGCUUUUGAUUUUGACAUUGUUAACAUCCUCCUUUCAGAUACGGGGAGCAUCCAGCGUUCUUCAAGUACCGGACCAACAACGGUAAGCUGCUACCACUCUUCUAUGUGUACGAUUCGUAUCUGAUGAACGUGGAGCAGUGGGCCAAACUGCUCAAACACACAGAGAGCAACAGCAUCAGAGACACCCCCUAUGAUUCCAUCUUCAUCGCUCUGCUGGUUGAGGAGAAACAUAAGAGGGACAUCCUAACUGCUGGUUUUGAUGGUUUGUAUACCUACUUUGCCACUAACGGGUUCUCCUACGGAUCCACUCAGAGGAACUGGGACUCUAUCAAAGCUUUCUGCGAUGACAACAACUUGAUAUUCAUCCCCAGCGUGGGUCCGGGGUACAUAGACACAAGCAUCCGACCCUGGAACUUCCAAAACACCCGAAACCGCAUCAACGGCAAGUAUUACGAAACCUCACUGAGUGCUGCGUUACAAGCCCGGCCUGAUUUCAUCUCAAUAACGUCUUUUAACGAAUGGCAUGAAGGGACUCAGAUUGAGAUGGCGGUUCCUAAAACAAGCCAGACUGUGUACCUGGACUACCUGCCCAAUAAACCUGCAAUCUACCUGGAGAUAACGCGCAAGUGGGCUGGAAUAUUUGGGGGUGAGCGUCGGAAAUGGCAAGAAUGAUUUGAAAGCCAUAAAUGUUUUUAUUUUUGACAGUACCAAACAAAGACAAGAGGACUAAAUUAAGUCUGCACAGACAAUGCAAAUGAACAGUCGCUUAAGAUUUGCAAAGCUGCAGGCAAGCGGACUGCAGUAUCUCCACUUCUGAUUCAGCGAUUUAUGUAAUUUUCAUUCCUUGUUAAUGAAUGACUGUACCUUUAACUUAAACUACAUCUGAUUUCUCUUCGUUUACACGGCACUGACCAUUUUGGGAUUUGUUACACAAUCACUUUGUCUCUACUGUAUACAGCUGAAACUGUGAAUAGGCAUGUUCAGCCACCCUGUAAUCUGUGACUCUAUUAUACCUAGAGAGAAAUUAAUAAGAUGCACUCUGUGAAGAAGGAAGGAAGGAAAGAUGCAAAUAAACAAAGCAGUCUGCUGGUGGAAAGCUGUCGCCCCACUCUGCUUCCAAGUCUGACACUGCCAGAAAACAGUGAAACAAAACACAACACAGAUCUGAUAUUUCAAAGGCGCACACACCUCAAAUCUGAGUUGAAUCACAGCGCUGACAACAGUGGAGUGUUGUGCGAAACUUGAAAUUUUAGAGUAGAGUAGUUUACAUUCUCAGAAACGGUCUGAUCUCAUGGGGUCUGGUACAUGCUGUCAUAGUUGCAGGUUUCUGUCUGAAUGUGUUUCUAAUACAUUAAAUUAUUUGUUUUGCUUCCUAGA